AUGCUCCGCUCCCUUCUCGUAGCGUCGGCGCUCGCGCCCGCCGUCGUUCUCGCCCAGUACACUGGCGAAGGCACGACGUAUGGCCCGCCCGACGGCGGCGACAGCUCGACGACUGGCAACUGUGCGCUCAUGCAGCCGCUCGGCUUUGCCAAGAAGUUCCACGUCGCCAUCAACAACUACCAGUGGAGCACCGGCGUCCACUGCGGCCGCUGCGUCGAGGUCCAAUGUACCGACCCCAAGUGCACGCGCAACGACGUCGUGCUCGGUCAGAUCACGGAUCGGUGCCCCGAGUGCGCGCACGGCGACCUCGAUAUGUCACUGCCCAUGUUCAACAAGGUCACGGGCCUGUACACAGACCGACCCAAGAUCAAGUGGAACUUUGUCGACUGCCCCGUCUCGGGUGGCCUCCAAGUUUGUGCCAAGAGCGGCAGCUCCAAGUUCUGGUUGUACGUGCAGCCGGGCAACUCGAAGAGCGGAGUCAAGAGCAUGAGCAUCAACGGCAAGGACGCGCCGUCGUUUGCGGACGCGUACUACUUCAAGUCGCAGGCCUACGCAAGCCCCGACGCAAGCCCCGACGCAAGCCCCGACGCCAGCUCCGACGCCGGCCCCGACGCCCGCGCCCACACCUGCACCAACAGACGCACCGACCCAAACGCCAACCUACGCUCCGACCGAAAUUGGCACCUUUGCCCCGACCCGAGCGCCAACCGAUGCCCCUACGGAGAGGUGGUGACGUCUGCGCCCACCACGGACUCGGCUCCCGUCGUGAGCGUCAACAACAAAGCGUCGGACAACGGGCCCAACACCGGGUCGGUGGUCGGCUACGCGCUCGGCGGCUGCUGUCUCGUCGCUGUCGCUGUCUUUGCCGUCGUUGCCACCAAGGCGCGCCGCAAGAUCAACGACGACAAGGAGAUGGAUCGCAUGUCGUUGAGCCACCGCGUGCCCGUCAUGGGCGGCAGCCACCCGGACGACAUUGCCGUGCUGUAG